GAUGAAUUCAAUGAACUGACAAGUACGCCAUCUUUGUAGUUAUUCAAGCAGCAGACUUCGUAUUGAUAGCACGUACUAUUAUAACAACACAUAUAUAAAGAGAUCAAGAUGCAGAUCUUUGUCAAAACAUUGACAGGAAAGACAAUCACACUUGAGGUGGAACCAUCUGACAGCAUUGAGAAUGUCAAAGCCAAGAUCCAGGACAAAGAAGGAAUUCCCCCAGACCAGCAGCGUCUCAUCUUUGCCGGUAAACAGCUGGAAGAUGGACGUACAUUGUCCGAUUACAACAUUCAGAAGGAGUCCACACUCCACUUAGUGUUGCGUCUCCGAGGAGGUAUGCAGAUCUUUGUCAAAACAUUGACAGGAAAGACAAUCACACUUGAGGUGGAACCAUCUGACAGCAUUGAGAAUGUCAAAGCCAAGAUCCAGGACAAAGAAGGAAUUCCCCCAGACCAGCAGCGUCUCAUCUUUGCCGGUAAACAGCUGGAAGAUGGACGUACAUUGUCCGACUACAACAUCCAGAAGGAGUCCACACUCCACUUAGUGUUGCGUCUCCGAGGAGGUAUGCAGAUCUUUGUCAAAACAUUGACAGGAAAGACAAUCACACUUGAGGUGGAACCAUCUGACAGUAUUGAGAAUGUCAAAGCCAAGAUCCAGGACAAAGAAGGAAUUCCCCCAGACCAGCAGCGUCUCAUCUUUGCCGGUAAACAGCUGGAAGAUGGACGUACAUUGUCCGAUUACAACAUCCAGAAGGAGUCCACACUCCACUUGGUGUUGCGUCUCCGAGGAGGUAUGCAGAUCUUUGUCAAAACAUUGACAGGAAAGACAAUCACACUUGAGGUGGAACCAUCUGACAGUAUUGAGAAUGUCAAAGCCAAGAUCCAGGACAAAGAAGGAAUUCCCCCAGACCAGCAGCGUCUCAUCUUUGCUGGUAAACAGCUGGAAGAUGGACGUACAUUGUCCGAUUACAACAUCCAGAAGGAGUCCACACUCCACUUAGUGUUGCGUCUCCGAGGAGGUAUGCAGAUCUUUGUCAAAACAUUGACAGGAAAGACAAUCACACUUGAGGUGGAACCAUCUGACAGUAUUGAGAAUGUCAAAGCCAAGAUCCAGGACAAAGAAGGAAUUCCCCCAGACCAGCAGCGUCUCAUCUUUGCUGGUAAACAGCUGGAAGAUGGACGUACAUUGUCCGAUUACAACAUCCAGAAGGAGUCCACACUCCAUUUGGUGUUGCGUCUCCGAGGAGGUAUGCAGAUCUUUGUCAAAACAUUGACAGGAAAGACAAUCACACUUGAGGUGGAACCAUCUGACAGUAUUGAGAAUGUCAAAGCCAAGAUCCAGGACAAAGAAGGAAUUCCCCCAGACCAGCAGCGUCUCAUCUUUGCCGGUAAACAGCUGGAAGAUGGACGUACAUUGUCCGACUACAACAUCCAGAAGGAGUCCACACUCCAUUUGGUGUUGCGUCUCCGAGGAGGUAUGCAGAUCUUUGUCAAAACAUUGACAGGAAAGACCAUCACACUUGAGGUGGAACCAUCUGACAGUAUUGAGAAUGUCAAAGCCAAGAUCCAGGACAAAGAAGGAAUUCCCCCAGACCAGCAGCGUCUCAUCUUUGCCGGUAAACAGCUGGAAGAUGGACGUACAUUGUCCGAUUACAACAUCCAGAAGGAGUCCACACUCCACUUGGUGUUGCGUCUCCGAGGAGGUAUGCAGAUCUUUGUCAAAACAUUGACAGGAAAGACAAUCACACUUGAGGUGGAACCAUCUGACAGUAUUGAGAAUGUGAAAGCCAAGAUCCAGGACAAAGAAGGAAUUCCCCCAGACCAGCAGCGUCUCAUCUUUGCCGGUAAACAGCUGGAAGAUGGACGUACAUUGUCCGACUACAACAUCCAGAAGGAGUCCACACUCCACUUGGUGUUGCGUCUCCGAGGAGGUAUGCAGAUCUUUGUCAAAACAUUGACAGGAAAGACAAUCACACUUGAGGUGGAACCAUCUGACAGUAUUGAGAAUGUCAAAGCCAAGAUCCAGGACAAAGAAGGAAUUCCCCCAGACCAGCAGCGUCUCAUCUUUGCCGGUAAACAGCUGGAAGAUGGACGUACAUUGUCCGAUUACAACAUCCAGAAGGAGUCCACACUCCACUUAGUGUUGCGUCUCCGAGGAGGUAUGCAGAUCUUUGUCAAAACAUUGACAGGAAAGACAAUCACACUUGAGGUGGAACCAUCUGACAGUAUUGAGAAUGUCAAAGCCAAGAUCCAGGACAAAGAAGGAAUUCCCCCAGACCAGCAGCGUCUCAUCUUUGCCGGUAAACAGCUGGAAGAUGGACGUACAUUGUCCGAUUACAACAUCCAGAAGGAGUCCACACUCCACUUGGUGUUGCGUCUCCGUGGAGGAAACUAAAUGAGCACCUGCUGCUUGUUUCAAUUUUCAAUAAUCUAGAACAUUUUAACAGUAACACCAGAUUUAAAUUCAGGAAUUUGUGAAAGUGUGAAUGAAAGAACAUAUAUAUACUAGGAAAGAAAUCAUUCUUCUGAAUUGGUUUAUACAUUCUAUAAAUUCUAAAUUCUAAAAAAUAACUAAUAGAUUAUCUCGCAUUAUGUUGAAGGACCUGAUAGUUCCAAUUUAGGAGUAAUUUGAAUUUAAAAUGCUUCGUGAAUGUUUUGGACUACACCAUUCCUGCAAGUGAAUUAAAAGUUCAAAUGUUA